AUGCGUUACAUGCGUCCUGGGCAGCUCCAAGGUCCAAUUUCCACCGUGCAGGGCUUUGAUAUUUCUCACUACCAGACCAAUGUCGAUUUUCUAGCUGCGUAUGGAAGCGGUGCCCGCUUUGUUAUCGUCAAGGCCACGGAAGGCGGCACAUUUAUCGACCCCAAAUUUCAGGGCCACACUGAUGAUGCUGUUAAUGCCGGAUUUGUCCACGGUGCAUAUCAUUUCGCGCGGCCCAGUUCUAGCUCUGGGAGCCAGCAAGCAGACUUUUUCCUUGCCAACGGUGGAACCUGGGUAGCAGACGGGAUGACUCUUCCCGGAAUGCUGGACCUCGAGAAUAACCCCUCAGGCAGUCAGUGCUACGGAUUGUCCCAGUCGGACAUGGUCAACUGGAUUGUAGACUUUGUCGAUACCUAUUCAGGUAGCACUGGGAGGUUUCCGAUGAUAUACACUACAAACAACUGGUGGAAUACUUGUACCGGGGACUACAGCGGAUUUUCUGGCUACAGCCCGCUGGUUCUGGCGAGGAUAGGCAAUACCUUUCGCUAG